AUGUAAGUACUUUAACCAAUUAACGAUCACUAAUAGCCCGUAAAAAUUACAGCAGACUACUUGUUUCAAGAUGCCCCUCAGACUCGAUGUAUCUAUCAUCCAUAAUACAUACGUCAUUUUUGUAAGGAACCAUCUUGUUUGAUGCCUUUGUGUCAAGAUUGCAUUUAGGUGCAUCCACAUUAGCAUUCUCGAUUUAUUGACUCAAUUGAGAGUACAUUAACAUAAGUUUACAAAGGAUAUGCGAGUAGGGCAAAUGAGAUUGCUACUCAUCAAACAGGCGAUAUCCUGUAAAUCAGACAAGACUUACACAAAUUGAUCGAUAUGAUUGUAGAUGAUGUGUUGAAUAAGGCAGAUAAGAAUUACUAAUAUGAUUUGAUUGUGUAAUGGAGGAAUCUGAUAAAGAAACUAGAAAGAUUAAAAGACCCAAAUUACUGUUUAAAAGAAACGAUACUAUACUUUGCAGACCAAGAGAGUUAGAAUCCUCAAUUGAAAUAUUAAGGUGUGCCAAUCUAAGUGAAUUAUGAAGCAUUGGAAUAAGCAAAGUUCCAUCUUCAUCAUCUAUUCAUGGUGACAUUGGAGGAUGGAGAAUACUUUUUUAGACCUGGUGAAAGAACAGGUGAUAAUCCUAUAAGAAGAGUAUCAAGAAUGGUAUAUGACCCUGUUUUAUCCACUCAUGCAGACUAUCAACCAUAUAAUUAUAGUCCAUAAAGGGUGAUGGUUAGUCCACCUGUGUAGCCAAUACCAUAACAAAUUAUUUAUCAAACUCAAGCCCCUCCUCCAGUGCCACCCCCAGUCUAAUAGCCACAAAUAGUGCAAAUAGUCCCUUAGGUCUAACCAUAUACACAAACUUUCAUAUAAUAACCACAACAAUUGACCUAUACGUAGGCCCCACCUUAACCAUAACCUAUUGUGAUCAACAAACCCGAACCUCCUCAACCCUUAGUCUAUUAUCAAGAAAGCCCAAUCAAAAUGGUUUCACCAAAAUAAGAACCUGUGAUCUAAUAAAUCACAGUACCACAACCAACGAUUUAAUAACAGAUCCCAUAACCAUAGAUCAUCUAAUAUGUUCAACCUGUAGUUAGAGCACCAUAAUAGACCAUUCCGACAGCUUAUACAGUGUCAACAGCCAAACCUUUUGCUCCUUUAUAAAGUGGAGAAUACUCACAUCCAUACCCAUUAGUGCAGUAAUGA